AUGGCUAUCAUCCGCAUCAACUUGUUGCCCGGUCCUCUUUGGGUGGGAAUCAGGCUCAUCAAACUCAAGACCGAAGUUGGACAGCUGUCUGAGGUUGAUAGUCGCAGCCCCACCCCGGGGAAUUCCUCGGAAUCGAUAUCAACCCAUCUCCACCACAACAACGGUCAACAGACACACUGGCUGGAAACCAUCGAGACAACUACGAUUAACGAUUGGUAUCAACAAAGAGAUCUGAUUAAAAACCCCGAGAAGAUGGCAGACGACUGGCCAUUCCUUCAUCUCAACAUCAUCUCUCCACCCAUCCACCGAAUGGGAGCCAGUGACGAACAGGAGCUAUCACUCCUUCCAUUCGAUUCUUCCCAUCUCGAAGCCUGGAGCAACAUCAACUUCCAAUUCGACGAACCACCCCUAGUCCGAUUUGACAACAACAACCAAGCAAACGACAACCUCAACCUCAACCCCAACUCAAACUCAUCCACAAGGGACACAAGACUAACAUCCUCUUCAACUACGGGUUCCGAUAAGAACUUCAACAACAAUCCAUUUCAGCUGCCGAACCAGCACGGUAUCCCUCCGUUCUUGGAUAACCCAAGUGGACUGAACAAUCCCCAUGAACUCACAUACCUGUCUCAACCAUCAAACCAAGCCAUCCUCUCAACCUCGGACCAACCAACCGAUAAUCUGAACUCAAACAAUACCAACAAUCAGACCACCAUCGAGCCGACUUCUAUCGAGGCCCCUCAUGCAAAAUCAGCAGUCACAUCAACCGCGGCUAAAUCGCUUCUUGCACAUGACCAAAAUCAUUCACUUCACAAACAAGACAAUUCUUCACCACCCAACAACAGCGACGGUAAUAGCAACAGCAACAACAACCAGAGUGGCAACGAUGAUGAUGACGCUAACCGAGUAGCUUACGAUGAGGACAAACGUCGAAGGAACACUCUAGCCUCAGCCAGAUUCAGAAUGAAGAAGAAAAUGAAAGAGCAGGAAAUUGAACGUACCGCUAAAGAGAUGAGAGAGCGAGUCUCUGAACUUGAGAAGCAAGUUGACAGUCUCAAACAAGAAAAUAAGUGGUUAAGAGGUUUAAUCGUUGAUUCAACCGCUUCAAAAUUGGUUUCUGCCCAAGUGCAAGAAACGGCGGAACUGAGCCAACAUGAAUCGACCUCUGGCAAACGACCGAGGCCGACGCUUAGCCCGACAACCGACUCGAUCCAUGUCCCUGCCCAUUACCAAAAACGACCGAGGCAGAGCUCCUCGUCUACCUCUGCGACCACCACUAGCAAAAGUAGUGCUACAUUCUAAAUUAUCUUACCGUAUACAUAAAACAAGGAAACCAAUCGGCGCUCAAGCCGAUUCUGUUGCAAUGCCCGUCCGUUCUUAGGUCCGUUAUGUCUGAUCCAAGAACUAUUUCCUCUAGUUCUUGGCUGUAUUUCAACCUUUUUUUGUUUCCCCUUUCGCCCUUCUCCAUCAUUCCCUUCGACUCGACGAGACAAGACUUGAUUCACCGCCAAGACAUAACCCUCAACACCUUCCUCUCUCUCUCUUCUAUUUCAAUUUACUCAAUUUCUUUUAUUAUCGCCCUCUCAUUGGAAUUUUAAUUUAAAUACACGUCCAAAAAGAAAGUAUCAGUUUAUAGCAUGCAAGCUUGGUAGUACUCCCUCAGUUGAUGAACAACUGUGUACACCAUCUCUUAUUUCUCAUGACCGCCAUCAUGUUAUUUUUCUUAUUCCAGCUAUUCAUUUAUUGUCGCCACCAAAACAAACCAAAAAAUCACUUUUUUUUUCAGUGUUACUUUUUCUUUUUGAAUAACCCCGUUUCAACCAAGCAUUGUAUUUCUCCUCAUUAUCACCCACCCAUACAUAUAUAUAUAUAUAUCUUUAUGUAUACAUGUAGGAUGCGAAAUCUUGAUGAUUUUUUGUCUCGAUUUGUCUCUCAUCAAGCAAGCAUCAUUCUUCUUCUUUUUCUGUUGGCGGGGGAAGAGAUACAGUAGUAAACUGUUUUUUUGACCCUGUUUGUCUUUUUGCUGAUUAGUCAUGGGCACUCUUCGGACAGGCAUUGUCGGGUCAAGUUGGCAUUCCGACUCUGGCGCGGUGUGCGCACCGAUCAGUCAGUGUCUGUCCAACCACCGCUCGGAUCUGGUUGUCCAUGUUCUCUUUUCUUGCUUGACUUCGAUUGUCAUUGCCCCUGUCUAGAUGGCUGGUUGGCUCUGUAUCUGCUUGUCUGUUCCUCUGGUUUCCUUUCUCCUCGCCUCUCCGACAACAAUUCAUUUCCUGUUUUUGUCUGAAUUGAAAACAACAAACAUAAAUGCAAAAGAAAAGGAUCCAUCUGAGAUGAUCUAUCGGCUCCAACACUUUUGUCAUCCUGGUAUUGCUGCUUCUUCUUCAUGAAAUUGACAUCUCAAUUGUUAUUGGCUGUUUGCAACACAGAAGACUCAGAGAUAGGG